AUGGACGCCUCCAAUCCUAUUCUGUUCUACGAUAUUGCGUCUCGUUCACCCGUCAGUCCCUAUGCGCCUAACCCCUGGAAAGCUCGUUAUGCCUUGAACCUCAAGGGCGUGCAUUACAGGACACAAUGGGUGGAACUCCCAGACGUCACAUCCACGCGCAAAAAGCUUGGCUCUGAGCCAGUACGCUACCACCGGGACGGCAGCCCAUUCUAUACCCUUCCCGUCAUCCAUGAUCCCUCCACGGGCUCGACAAUCGGAGACACGUUCGACAUCGCGGUCUAUCUCGACAAAACGUACCCCGAUGGCCCAUCGCUCUUCCCUCCCUCGUCGAUAGGUCUCAUGGACGCGUUCAACAAACACAUGGAUACCUUUUUCACAUCAUUCGUCCUCCUUUGCUGCCACGGCAUCCCUUUCAACCCAGACAGUUUCGAGACCUCUAAGGCGGACUUUUUGUGGAGGGCGGGGAAGACGAGUUGGGACGAGCUUACUGUUCGUGGUGAAGAGCGGGUGAAGACGCUAGAGGCGUUUAAAGUGGCACUGGAAGUAUUGGUGAAGAUUUACAAUCACAAAGGUGGUCCAUUCAUAGACGGAGAGAAACCGUCCUAUGCAGAUUGCAUCGUUGGGGGAUGGUUAGCGUUCAUGAAGGUGACGAUGGAGGAGUGGGACGAGGUUAAGACAUGGCAUGAUGGUCUCUUAGGGAAGAUUCAUGCAGCGUUGGAGAAGUACGCCGAGGUCAAGUAG